GCCGUUGCGUUUUCCCCGGUUUUGUCCCUCGGGAUGUGCGGCGUGUUGAGCUUCUUCUACGGCGUCCUGCGCAACGCGCUUUGGGACGAUGCGGCGGAAGCCACCAGCGGCCAAUUUGCGCGGAAACUGAAGCAAGAUGCGGAGGAGAGCUUUCCGUCUGGAGUGGUAGGCCCCUAUCUCUCCUGGCGCUUCUCGUACCUCUUCGUUGGCACAUUCUUUGGCAUCAUCAGUGCAACCUUGGGCAGUCCGUGGAUGACGCAAAGCGACUACCAGGAGUUUCUGACGCGUCAGUUACCACAAGGUGUGCCAGUGGAACGCUUCAGUCAGCUCAUCAGCACUCUACGAGGCAUCGAUCUCGGUGCUUGGAUCGUUGCGCUUCUCUUGGUCUUAGGCCUUCUGAUUGGAGGAGUUUUGGCAUCACCAAACCUGGCGAUGAUGAACAUCAGGUCAUCGAGACGUGCAGUUUGGUGCACAUGGCUCAUCGGUUUCCUACCUCCCUUCCUGCUUUUCCUGGUGCUGCCACUACGCUCCUUCGUAGACUGGAAAGGGAUCUCAGCAGAUGUCUGCGCGCAGUCCAUCAAGACCACCCUGGCUCUUCCCGGAUCGCAGCUGCAGUACAGCUUGAACUUCCUGCAGCGAAACGACGCCUUGGAGGAAUCCAUGAGCGGAAUUCUGGAUUCGCACCGCGACUGGUGCCUUUUCCAAGGCAGUGAUUGGUACGAGAGUUUCUUCAACCAAUCCGUUCCUUGCAUUUGGUUGGUGGAAGAUCGCUGCCGAGACCAACUCUGCGGCCAGGUUUCCAGUCAGCAAACUGCGCAGUGCUUGAUGGGCUGCCUCCAUCUGACGCUCAGCCAAAACCCUCAGAUGAAACAGAACGUCCUACAGGUUUUUGAGAACUGUGAUGCAGAUUCCGCGAGUCGUACCUACAGCGCUGCAAGUCACGUGGCUGACCUUCAAGCUGUGG